AUGGCAAAUGGUUUGGACCAAAUCUUUCUCAUAACGUUACGAAGUGUUGGUAUGACUGAGGAUGAAUAUUACAGGCAAUGGUAUCAAUUCAUUUGGUUUUGUUGUUGUAACCGCUCAUUUACAAUGAAUGUUUUGGAAUUGUUUGGAUUUGAUUUUAGUACCACGCUUACCGAGACUCAAGAACUUACGAAAGAUUAUGAACGGUCCAAUUUGCUGUUAAUCACUAGACUGAUAUUGCGUGUAUUUUUGAAUGAAAGUAUGCGUUUGCGACAUCGCAUUAUCAGUGCCGAAAUACGUUCACUCACUGAUCUUUUCGUCAUUCUUGAGAAAAUUUUGUGGCAUGGUUUUAGAAGUUCAGUCCAGAAGACAAUGAUAGCAUUGCGCGCCCCAGAUUCCGAGUUAUGGAGUUGUCUUGGUAAAGUUGCAAACGUAAAUCCAGAUAUGAACGAAAGUUACCAAUGCAUUGACCGUCUUGAUAAUAUCACGUUGAACUCCUCUGCUUCGAAUUCGAGCCUUCCUGAGAUUAGCUGUCAUGCAGAAGAAACUUGGCAUCUACUUCGAAAAUUUGAUUACUUCAAACUACAUCAACCGUGGGCAUUGAUUCGACAUGAUGAAUGCAUCGGUUUAUCUGGAGCACUGAUGGCACUUUCAGUUCUUGAUUGCAAUCUGGUGUUAGAUCAGGCGCAGCUAGGAAAUCAACCCAUAACUGUUGAACUAUCGGCUUAUGUCUGUUUACCAAACUUGUCGAAUAAUACUAAUGGUGAAAAGGAACCUGAUAUGACCGAUGAAAAGUUACUGGAACUUGCUCUUGAUCAAAAAAAUUAUUUAGAACAACGAAAUCAUUAUUUGGAAUCCAAAGUGGCUGAGUUGAAAGCGAAAUUGGAAGAGGUCAAUCUGUCUACUCUCAAGAGCAUCAGUUUAGCUGAUGCUGCAGCGGAACAUGCAUCGAAGAUGACUAAUGAACAUAUUGCUACAACGGAAGCACUAGAAAAGGAAAAAGCGGUGCUAGCUCAGUUAGCAUCUGAAAAAGAAGAUUCUGUACGAAUUUUACGCCAGCAACUAGCAGAUACCAAAAAAGUGAACGUUGAUUUGUAUGAAAAAAUUCGUAUUGUGGAGGGGAAAUGUCGACAACUGGAAAAAGAUAUGAUCAAUGCCAAUAAGCGAUAUAACUAUGAGAGAGAACAGCAACAGCAAGUGAUUGAUAUAUUGAACAAAAGAAAUUCUGUGCGUGAAAUGGAUUUAGAACAUGAAACUGAAACUUCGGAAAUGUUGAAAAAGGAGCUAGCUGAUAAAACUGAUGAAUACAUGCAAACAUUGAAUGUGUUGGAAAAAAAACAGCAGGAAUUGGUUGUUGUGAAUGACCAACUUGGAAAACUGCAGCGUCAGACUUCUGAGUUGAAUGAAAAGCUGAAACAGUUGCCUGUGAUAAAACAGGAACUGGAAGAACUGACUGCCAGUUAUAAAUAUAAAAGUGAGAAACUGGAGGAUUGUGAAAAAGCUCUAGAAGAACUUGGUGGUCAUCUUUCGGAGUCAAAGUUAAAAGUAGUUGAAUUGAAAGAAGAACUAUUGCCUCUUUCGGAAGCUGAGUGGGAAAAGGAUGGUAAUGUCUUGAACUGUAAAGGAUGCAAUUUGCAGUUCAGUAUGAGUAAACGAAAACAUCACUGCAGGAAUUGCGGCUCUAUAUUUUGUAAUUCAUGCACUGAUGCGCGGGUCAAACUGCCUUCUAGCGCGAAACCAGUGCGAUGGACGCGGUGUUACUUAUUAUGCUCACAACCGAAUGAUAUCAGUGUCGUUGUGCUCUAUGUUUACAAAAAUCAUAAGCAACGUUUAAAAAAUAAGGAAACCUCAGCGAUCUCACUCAGUACCUUCGUUGGUCUCGAAACUGGUUUUGAGCUAAAAAAUCGAAAUAAUACAAUGUGUGUAAUCACACAACAAGAUAUUUUGAUCGUUUCGUUUCAAGCAGCUGAAAUAUUAACAAUGUGGGAGACUUGGAUUUAUCAUACUUCUUUCAAAGGUUCACUAUUUUAUGCACAACUGGUCGGUGCGCCUGAAUCAAGUCGCGCACAUGAGUCGUUAAAUUGCGAAGUUCGAUUGCAUAUACAUGAUGGCCGUAUCGCACUUGUUGACGGUUAUCCACAACGUUUGAUAGGUUUCUGGUUUCUGGACGAAAUUAUUCGGGUUUGUUUUAACGACAAUAAAUUGCAAUUCUUCGCAAAUGAUAGAAGUGGUUUGGAUGAUGGCAUGUAUUCGCUGGUUUGUGGACGAAUACAGCUCCUCGAGAAGCACUACAAUUUAGCUAAUAAGCCUGGGUUACUUACCGCAUUCAUGAAGCAGAAAGAAGGUGAUGGAUUGUGGUAUAAGGAUAAGUUUGCUGAUUCUCCACAAACAGUAAUCCAACAUCCCACUAUGUGUAGCAUUCAAAACUCCGAUGUAAAUCAUUUUGGCCUUUCCAGUGUACAUCGAAGUUCGAGCCUCAAAACAGGAAAUUCAGAAUCCCCAAUUGGUGCUCAGGCUUCAUAUGUCAAUGUACUGACCGAUCCCAGAUUUCUUCCGUUAUCUAAUGUUCCAUCGAUGGCAUCGUGUUGUGUGCCGUAUGUAAAUUAUACGGGUGAGGAAUGCCUGCAUUCGCAGAGUGAACCUUCCGUGCUAUCCAUCGGACAUUGGGAUAAAUCAUCCUGUGUUCUUCUCAGUUCAUCCACCAGGGAUCGCAAGACUCCGGUACUCUCGAACACUACUAUAUCAAGUAAAUCCUUAUCACGUGCAGAUAGCUGGCCGAAACCACUGACUGAUGAAAUCAUCCGAGGGAGAGAGAUGUCUGUGCUUACUCAGAAAUGGUGUGCUGUUAAUGAUAGGGAAACUAAAGGACGAUUUGUGAAGCAAGAAAAGAAAAGUAGUACUGGAAUUAAACAUUACGAUUCUGGCAACUUUCAGGAGCAAUCUGGUAUACUUUCCGGUGCAAGACGAAAAGCUCAACUCUCAUAUUUUAAUGGUACUAAUCCAUCCAGUGACUCUUCAAGCGAGCAUUUACAGUCAUUGGGAAUGGAAUCUAGAUAUUUAAAUUCAUCACGAGAGAAAAAUUGGAAUCGUGCGAAACGUAUUAUCGGUGGUGUGAGGAAAUCGAUUAAUGAUUUGAAUGCUUGUAAAUUUUCGGCGUCUUUAGAUAAAUUAGCAUUACCGGCAAUGUUACAUCACGAAACAACAGUAGUGGCAUUAUCAUCUACUGAUGGUACCAACCAAGUUGAAAGAAUACCUGAUGGCUUGAAGGAGCCAGAAUUCACGACCCAAGGUCUUGCCUUGUCAUUAUCUGCACAGUCUAUGAACAGAUUACCUGGCCUAAUUAAAUUACCACCCAAAAAAUUUAGCCUUAUACGUGCUCGUCAUAUACUUACGAAAAGCCUACAGAAAUCGAUUUCAGGUUCAUUUUCGAAGUAUGACGGUGAACGAUCUGCGAAUCAUUUCAAUCUAGAAGAUGCCAAAUGCACAGUUCCUAUGAUUGACAGUAUCGAAUCGGCAGUGAAAAAGAGUCGAGCCCGCUUACUUGAAGCCGAACGGCGAAAUUCGGGAUUUACCGACAGAGCAAGUCCAACGAACCCAUCUAGCCAUUCAGUGUGGACAACAUUGCCAGAAAAUGUGGCAGUACCAUCGACUUGGUCAAAUGUUGGUCCUUCUUAUGUUACUGAAUCUUGUUUACCUAGCUACGAUCGGAAAUCGCCGGUAAAGACUGUUAUAUCAACUGUCGAUGAAUGCUGUAGUGCUGUGAACUUGCUUCCAAUAAUACCAGAUCGAGACUCUUUCAAAAAAACUGAAAGUCUUUCUCCAGCAUCAGUGAGAAUGGAUUUGCUGCCACAAAUGAAACGGCCAUCGAGAGAUGGAAGCUUUAUAAAUCCCUUAACAGCUGCAAAGGACACAAAUGCAGAAAAAGCCCGGACAAUACCAUUAUGCACAGCAGUCUCACUUUCAGGAAGUUACUGUAAUUUGGAAACCAAAAGUAGCAGGAAUUUACCCCAAAAAUCAUCCGAAGUUUCCCGUAUCGUUUAUGUACAAAUCGAUCCUGUGGCUACACUUGGCGCGAUACAGACCCAACAAACUAUGAUGAGGGAUCGUGCACGUGUUGGCAACUUAAUUAAAAAUAAGCGUUUCUCGAGCCAGAAUAACGUGGAAAGCAAGGAUCGAAGUGAUGAAGGGUGGAACAGAAGUGGUUUUUUUGCUCGUCGUUUGUGGCGGAAAUUCCCAAUAUCGAAGUCAUACUCUGAUCUCCGUUUCUGA